AUGACCCGGCGUCACCCCAACCCCUGGACGCAGCAGGUGGCGUCCCCCAACCCCUGGACCCAGCAGGUGGCGCCCAAGGGGCUCCCCGGCGACCGCGCUCGCCGAAGGAAAGACCCGCUGCUGCCCAGUUUGCCCCUGCCCCAAAUCCGGGGAGUAUCUGGCGCGGGGGCCACCCGGGGCUCGAGGGCCUCGGGGAGCGACGACGGGUGGUGGGGCGGGUCCUCGCUCCCAGAGCUGGGGGUGGGUGUCAGGAGCGCCCCGCUGACCCUGCCCACCCUGCCCACCCUGCCCACCGGGGCCCAGCGGGCGGCGCAGAACCGGGCGAAGCUGAGGUCGCUCCUGCUGCCGCCCCUGCUCCGGGCCGGUGCGCCCCGGGACCCCGCGCCCCGGCCUGGAGAGAGCGAGGACCCCUGCAGGGGCUGGGCCAGGGAGACCCCGGACUCCCGGCUCGCGCUCCAAAGAGAGCUCCUCCCCAGCAAGUUCCGGGAGUUCCUGCAGCGGACGGGGGCAGAGUGCGUCCGGGCGAAGCCACCGACAUCCUCAGCACGGCAAUCAAAAAAGAGUGUGUCAGAGCACUGCCAGCAUCUUCCCCGGUGUCCCCACUGUUCCUUCCCUUCAGACCUGCGGGGUCAGUCAUCGUACUUCCAGAAUAGUCUUAAGAAGAUUUUGCUGCGUCGGAUACCUGCCCUGGGGACCCUGAAGAGAGAUCGCUCGCAAUUCAUCACCUUCAAAAAGGCCAACCAGCCCCACAGUGUCCAGGCCCCCAAGCUCAAGGCUGUGCUCACUCACAGCUCCUCGGGAGAAGGCUCGGGGAAGAAGCGUAGGCGCUUCUGCCCCUUCCGCGUGCGAUUUGCUGAUGAGACCCUGCGGGACAGCGCGCUCCGCUACUGGGAACGUGCCUUGGCAGUCCGGCAGGGCCACAUCGAGAAGGGGAUAGCCACCGGGUCAAUGACAUCAGAACGGGUGUUCAGGAGUGUCGGGAGAUGGCUGGAGCGUUUGCCCAAAGCCCUGUGCCCCAGGGCCCAAGAGGAGGCCACGGCCAGCAUCUCGUUCGGCUGGGACUGCCCGGGCCUGGCCCCCCAGGAGCCACAGGGCCACCUCUCUGAGGAUGCCUCCAUGAAAAGCAGCCUGCCCUUCAUCCCCAGGGCCACCACCCAGAGGCCGCAAAGUGGCCUCAAAACCUUCCUGGAAGCCCACAGCAUCCUGGAGCAGGUGGACAGAUCGCCCAGCUCCUGGAGCCAGAAGCUGUGGCAGAGAAUCCCCCUGGGCCCAGAGAGCCCCGUCUCCUGGCCAGAGGCCCCGCAGCGCCCAGCUGUUCCCUCCCUGUCACUCCAGGAGUCCUUCCUGCCCAGCGUGGCGCUGGUCCUGAACCGAGGCCGCCCUAAGGGCUCCUGCCUUCUGUGA